GUCUGAUGCCGCCUGUCCCCCUCCUCCCCGGCCAUUUCUCCGCCUCACUCAUUCAAUGCCCAGCGGGACGAGCAGCCGUGUCCUGGACAGGCGCCCGAGCUGCUGCCACUCAAACUGGCAGUCGUCGUUACCGAGGUGCUCGUUGAAGCCCUUCUGGACGCCCUCCACGCCGUGAUGGGCCGCCUCGUCCAUUCGAGCCUUGUGAACCACCUCACGCACACCGAGCUGCCGGGGCCGCACCCCACUGCCACGAAUGGCGAAGCACUGCAGCGGCGGCACGGUCACCUUGACGCUUUUGUUGCCCUGCUGCUCAUAUCUCGUCCCGCCCACCACCUCCCUGUUGCUGCUCGUCUGUGUGGCCGCCGAUUUGACAAAGUGGUCGACAGCCGCCUUGACGCGACGUCUCAGCUGGGUGUCGCCGAUGAGGUACUCGUCAGUGGCAGCGGGAGCAGCCGAUGGCUCGUACAGGAAGGCCCCGAUCUUCCAUGCGAUGCCCUCGGCCUCGUGUGGUCCGAAUGCCAUGUUGGAUGGGGAGGGAUGGGGGUGGGCGCCGUCGUGGUGGGGGGCCAGGGGCAGCAGACGGGCGAGGAGCAUCGAGUAGUCGCGCUGGGGGGCGAGGGCGGCGUUGAUGGCCGACAUGGUGGCAUUGGGCAGCUCGCUGAGCACCGUGCCGUACUCAGCCAGCACCAGCUGACGCUGACGGCGCUGCCUCUCGUUUGCCGUGGGCAGGCGAGUGAUGUCUGCGCCGGUCCGCAGCAGCGUCCGGAUGGUGGCCUUGAUACUGGGAAUGAAGGUUGCUUGAUCCCGCUCUCGAGUUUCUCGGUCCAGUUCUUCGUCGUGCAGCCCCUCCACCGUGACGUGCUGCACCAGGCUCCGACUGGCCGUGUCGACCCGAUCGGCAGCCAUGGCGAGGGGCGUCGCGUCGGGCCAAAGGGCUUGAGGGUGAGCUGGUGUCCGUAUGUCGAUGUCGCCGGCUGGGAGGCGGCGGCAGAGAUAGUCAGCCGAGCAAGGCGACCCCAUGAACACUGCGUCGUGCAGUAGCGUCCAUUCGAUGUUGCGAGUGACCCUGAUGCUCGCCCCGUUCUCGACGACAAGGUCUAGGUAAGCGUCGAUGAAGCCUUGAGAGAAGCAUCCUCGCUCCUCCAUGGCCGCCCGCUGCACCAGGUUGCCGCCCAGUGCUUGGUCCUCCUCCGUCGCCAGAGUGCUGUCCUGCUGAAUGAGGCGCCGAUACAUGGCCAGCAGGGAGUGCUCGUAGUCAGAGGGAGCGCUUUUGCCGAACCAGUCUGAGCGAGGCAGCUCCACCACCAUCAUGUCUUGCAGGUUGGCCUGAUGCUGCAUCAGCAGGUCAAAUGCCGCCUCGUUGCCGGCCAAGAUCGCCACACGGAUGGGCAUCGUCGGCUGGUCGUCAUCCGAGUACCCCACGUUGACGUCUGCGCCUCCAUCGAGCAGUGCGGUCAUGAUGUCACGCUCGAGCUGCGGCGACGACCACUGCGGAAGGACAACCGGACGUUCGAGCAUAACUCCGUCCUCCUCGUCGAACAUCAUCCCGCCUUCCUCGUCGUCUUCAUCUUCGAUGGGUCGCGGUGCCCAGACCGAUCCCCAGAUGGAUGGCAUGCAGCUGCCACUCUUGUUGUCGAUGACAAGGGAGAGCAGCGGGUAAAAGAUGUGCUCCCGGUCCUCCGGGUUAGGGUCCUCCACUGAGCGCCGUAGCCGAAAUGAGGACUGGACGCCCGGAUCUGCUCCCCGCUGGAUGAGCUCCGUCACCUCCUCAGGGCUGUUGAAAGUGCGGCGGAUGACGCCUUGGGCCAGCUGUCGGCUGAAAUCACCGUAUACGAGCUCGUCAUCGAACUCGAUGUCGACUUCAUCCAGCUGCCUCCAGGCCAUUC